AUGCCGUCAUUCAACCCAUUCUCGACCGUCACGGGCAAGCAUGCCGCUUCCCUCUUUGAGAUCAGACUAGACAAUGACUUCAUUGUCUUUCGCGGCGGAGAAGACGAGUCUGCGGGCCAGAUUCUCAAGGGCGUAGUAGUACUGUGUCUGCCCACUCCGCUCAAGAUCGAAGAUGUUCACCUCCGACUCACCGGCACCCUCCGAUUAUCGUGGGAUUACUCCAAGAGCGCCGCUUCUGGCGUUUCGAGCCAAAAAGUCGACAAGACCACUACCCUGCUCCAACACCGCUGGGCUCCGUUCGUCGGCGGAGCUGGUGGCAAGAACACCAUGUUGCCGGCCGGCAACUAUGAGUGGCCGUUCGAAUUCACACUGCCCGGUAACACGGCCGAGAGCGUCGAAGGAAUCCCCGAAGCGAGUAUCACCUACAAGCUCAAGGCUACCGUCGCCCGCGGCAAGCUUGCCUACGAUCUGCACGCCUACAAGGCUCUGCGCAUUAUCCGCACCCUCGAACCCGCCGCCCUCGAGUUCCUCCAUGCCAUGAGCGUCGAAAACAUCUGGCCGAACAAGGUCGACUACUCCAUCGUCAUCCCCCAAAAGGCCGUCGUCUUCGGCGCCUCCGUCCCUCUCCAGAUGCGCUUCACCCCGCUGUUGAAGGGUCUGGAGAUGGGUGAGAUCUCAGUCAAGAUGCUUGAGAUCCGCGAGUGCACACUGCAAGGACCUACCGGCAACAUUUUCAAGGAGCACAGGACAGAAAGAGAGGUUUCCAACUGGAAGUUUGAGGUCGACAGGGAAGAGCACUGGCACGACACUAUCGAAGAUACUGGUCAGGAGGGCUGGAUGGUGGAGAAGAAGUUGAACCUCCCCAAGAGACUGCGACAGUGUGUUCAGGACCUCAACCAUAACGGAAUCAAGGUGCGACACAAGCUCAAGCUUGUGGUUGCCCUGAAGAACCCCGACGGUCACAUUUCAGAGCUGCGAGCCACUCUCCCCGUUUCCAUCUUCAUCUCUCCCAACAUGCCCCUCGAUGAGCAUGGAGUCCUCGUCGAUCAGAAUCCCGGCACGACACCAGCCGCCGCCGAAGCCGCAGUCACCCGAAUCGCUCCCCCUGGAUACGGAGAACACGUUCUCGAUCAGUUGUACGAAGACGUCGACAUGAGCGGCUUCCAGACCCCCGCUCUCCAGUCUGGCUUCAGCAGUCCCUUCUACGCACAGUCUCGCGCUGGUUCCUCCGAGAACCUGGCAGGUCUUGCCAUGUCCAACAGCCAUAGCCAUGGUGUCGCCCCCGCAGCACUCUCACAACGUCUCCACAACGUGUCUCUCGACCCCUCGCAACGCAAUACGUCUUUCAACUCUUUGAACGCCAUCACCGAGGAUGUCGCCUUCCCGACGUCCAACCCCACUGGCCAGAGUUCGCAAUCGCAUUCUGCGGCACUUACUCGUCAGAACAGCAACGAGGAGCACUCCAACUCUCACUCAUCAGGCCCGUCAGGCCGCAACUCCCCUGAGCACCUCGACUUCCCCGACAUGGCUACUUUGAGCAAGGUGCCUAGCUACACCACCGCCAUCAAGACACCUGCUCGCAGAGGCACUACCGAUGCCCUCCCCGACUACUUCUCUGCCAUGAGCGCCCCGAACACGCCCCCUGCGAGUGAGGCCCCCGUUGCGGACCCGCUCAGCAUGAUUCCCGAGCAUGAGGGUGGCACCGGCAGCGAGCCCACUACACCAGGUGGCUCGCACCGCUCGUGGCAUCGACCCGCGAGCAUGACCUCCCUGCUGCACGCAGUCCAGGGUGGCGAUGACCGCAGGCUCCACCUCCUCCAAGGACGUGAGCGUGUGUACUGA